AUGUCCGCUGGUGAGCAGGACUUAGUAUCAUACGAUUUAACAGCUGGGCUCAGUUCACAGAAUAUUUCUUUUGAAACUUUUGCCAAGAACAUCUGGUCGUACAUCAUGAAUUUCUAUCCGGACGGACCCAAACCAUUCUUCAAAAUGGAUAUUUUCAUGACGCUAUUUAACCGUACUGCAGCGAUAUUAGAAAAAGAGCCAAGCGUUCUUGAACUUACCGGUGAAGUGACAGUAAUGGGACCGAUCUACGGCGAAGGUGAUUCGCUGAUCACAUUACUGUCGCUAGUCGGAAUGCCACCGCAAAAAUCUUUCGUAUUUCUUGGAUGCUACUUUGGACUGGGCUUCGGUUUGUCCCCUCUGGAAAGCCUAAUGCUUGUUUUCUGCUUGAAAUGCCUCCACCCAACAAAAAUUUACCUUCUCAAAGGUCAUCUCGAGGAGCCGGCAUCGAUUAAGAGUCUGGGACUAGACGAUUGGUUAGUGCGCCGGCGAAUUCCGACUGACUCUGUGUCGAAGGCUUCUGAUACGGUCAUACGCACGGUAGCUUCUAUGCCUAUAGCUGCUAUGAUUGGCCCAAAAAUUCUAUGCAUUCCCGGUGGACCAGGUCCCAUCAUACGCGAAAAUGGUUUAGCAGCACUGAAAGCAUGUUCACGAAUGUCGAUGAAUCAGUUGGAUAGGUCCAUGUGUAUGGAAGCUGCAUGGACAGUCAUGAAGUUGGAAGCAAAUCCAGUGACCAUUGACGAUGGAAUACCGACGUUCACCGAAUCACAAUGCUCGGCGUUUUGCAAAGCAAAUGGACUGGCUGUGAUAAUACGAGGAAGACAACUGGUGAAUGAUAAAUUUCUAAUCGAUAAACCUAAUCAGACGUUUUUUAGUUGUAAUGUGGACGAAGGCUUUCUCAAUUAUCCAAAAGAAGUGCUGACAAUCGUCUCAGCUGUGGCCUACCUGGACAACUUCCGGAAUUACGCUGCUGCCAUGACUAUUCAAGGAAUGAAUGCGAGUUUUUUGUUCAUUAGACCGAAUAGGCAACCUCAGAAUAACACAAUUCGGAGGCGCAUGGCUUUGGAGGAGCCAAGAAGGUGGAGUGGGGCAGGGGGCGGGAGGAAAAGGACUAUCACAGUAAAAGGGGAGCGAUGCCCACAAAAACGUUAG